UAAUGAUAUUAAGGUAAAUAAGUACGACAAAACGACUGCUCUAUACUGCUAAAGUACAAAUGUUUCAUUUUAAUUGUUUUAUAAAGAUGAAAAAAAAAAAUGAUAUCGAUUUGUUAGAGAUUAGGUUUAAUGCGUGCAAGCUCGCGCGCGAUGUACGUGUAUAAUUAUAUUUAUUUGUUAAUCUCUCAGCAUAAUUAAACGUGGGCACCUCCAUCCGCGUGUCAUCGAUGCAUGCACUAAAUACGUGACACGCUUAUGUUCGUUCAAGUUUCGCGUUCACACGACACAACGUUCACACUUUUAACACCCAUUUUUUAUUCUAACGUACUUAUGAAUGUGAUUCGCCUGAUUUGUGUACGGUAAUGCCCGGUUAAUCGUCGGAAAUUUUCUCCUGCUUAGUAGUCGCAUUUAGAGGAUUAACGAUUAAAAUUUCAAUAUCUCUUACAACAAACGUCCAUUUUCACUGUAUUCACUGAAAUAAGAAAUAUUAAAAUUUUAUUGAGUUCCGUACGAUGAAAAUGAUACCAAACACGGCUAUAUUUAAAUAACGUUAAGAGAGAGUCACCUCCCCCGCUAAUAGUCGCAACGAGGAUCAAAGUCUGCGACCAGUAAGCGAGCAUUACCGUAUUAUUCGAUGAUAUACAGGUGCGUACGGAUGCACAGGAUUAAAAUUCGUCGUUUUCGUCGUAACACGCACAGAUUUCGAACGGUCUCCAAUUAUAUUACCCUUUUUGAAUGGACAAUCACCACAAAUGGUGUCUAAUGAUCGAUGCUGAACAGGGAACAGAACUUGCAGACAGACAGUGGUUUCCUUUUUGUACAGCGUUUCCCAAUCGUUUUAUUUCACCUGUUGAAACAAUACCUACAUAUGUAUAAAACGUUGUAUUCUGUUUAUUUGAUAAGCGAACGGAAAUUCAAGUAAUAUGUUAGAAUCGUAAGAGAGAAAUCUCGUAAACUGCCUUUGGACUUGAUAACUACCUUAUUAUUUCUAAGUAAAUUCUAUUAAAGUAAUUUUAUACGAGGAGAAGAAAGGCUUUCGGGAAAGCUAUCCGUGUAGAACUCGUUGAUUGGGAAACGUUGAUUUAUUUUAAUCAAGGUACGACAAUAAUACGUACAUACUGCUUAAUUGUAAACCGGUAAAUUGUUUAAGUAUGACUAUGUACAAAAUAGUAAUAGUAUACUUUGGUAGAUUUGUUUCUUAAAUGAAAUAAUGUUUAUCGAUACGACACGUUGUUGUAAUUCAUCUGUGCUCAAAAAUAUAAACAACCGAUUAAUCUGUUUUAAGGAUUAUCAUAUAAUUUAGUUGACACGCUAUCAUCAUACUGAAAGAUGUAAAAUAUUUUUCUAAUAAACGAUAAAGUCACGAUAAUUUUAAUACGAUUCACUGUCAUGGGUAGAAAAAUUCUGAGCAAAGAUGAAUUCAAAUAAAUACAAUAUUCUUUAUAAUAAAAUUACAUUGAACGCGUUAUUAUUGUCGUUGCUUGGUUCGAUCAUACAUUCAUGCUCAUUAAACAUUACUUCGUAUUUUACAUAAUGUUCCAUUUCGUAAUCGUACUUAAUCAUAACCGGUAUCGUUUCAUCUGAUUACCGAUUAAUUUCAGACAUUUCACGAUAUAUCCAAUUGAAUCUGAUAAUGAUUCGAUCAAUAUUUCAUCCUUUGCGGCGCGAUGUGUUUUCCCUAUUUCCUGUUGGACAGCACGCAUUAAGUUUCAAUAAACGCAAUCAUAUUUAAUUAAUGCACGUCCCUAUUGAUAUAAAUCUAUCCAUUGCUGCAGAAAAUAUUUUUAUCGGCCACGAAUCGUUUUUAUAAAUAAAAUUUAACAUAUCGUCGUAUUCGAUGUGCAAUCGUAAAAAUAAAAUUGAGUAAAUAGGGAAAACAACGAGGAAAAUAGUAAAUCUAAAGAGAUCAUGAUCGAAUCAAUUGCAACAAUGAUUCCCAAAAUUGUAAUCCAAAGCGAAUGCAAUGAACUAAUAGACUCGCGCUGCUCGCGAUCUAAUGAUUGCACAAAAAAGAAAUACAAAAAAAAAUGAAAGAUCAAUACAUAUAUAUCUCUGUCAUAUACAUAUCGUCGCAAUAAUCGAUCAAUAUUUUAUAUUUUCUCCUGUAAGACAAAAGUUUGUCCACAUUGGCUCUUUGCAAACGCGCGAAUCGAUGGUAUUUUUGUAAACCCUUUAGAAAUCGAUUUCAUGUGAAGUCCAAGCUGCCGAUAGAACGUCUUACAAUGUAAAAGCGUUUUUUGCAAUGAAUCGCGAUAAAAGAAAAAUGACUAUAGUUCGCAGAGGGUUAAAGAAAAGAAAAAACAAAAAAAGAAAUACUCGGACAACAUUUGUCGACGAUAGGAUGCUUGACCAUUUGAGUGCAGAAGAUCAUUGAUCCUCGAUACUCUGGCGGGAAAUACGAAAAGCGCGGCAACGCUUCUUGCAUUUCUUUCGUCUUGAAACAAUUGUUGAACGCAACGAAUGUUGCACGUCCAACGGUUGUGUCUUCUCAUUGAGAAAAUCAUUCGUGAUUCACUGUUAUUUGAUCAGUAUCAGUUAAUAAACUUUUUAAAUAGUGUUAAAAAAUAAAGGUAACAUUUCUUUCUUUCUUUCUUUCUUACAUCCUUCAUUUCAUCCAGGCAUUCCCAAGGCGUUUCCUGCCGUCUGUUCACUUCCGGAACUACUCUGCACUCAAAUGGUUUGAUCGAUGAUGAGGAGAAUAAAUGAUUCGCGUUAACAAUAAAACUCCAAAACGUGGUGUUUGACCAACGAACCGUCAUAGUGGAAUCAGCUGUUGAUGACUUAUGUUCAUGAAUAAAACUUUUCCUAAUAAGUUUCAUAGUACAAUUGAUAACUAAUAAUGAACUUCAGCGUGAUUGAAUACGAAAUAUGUGAUAUAAAUUUACAAAAUCAUCAAAGUUAUUUGAUAUCUGCGCUUGACAUGAUCGUAUAAAAUAAAUGGUACAUCAAGAGGUUAUAUUGGGCUACAUUCAUUUGACAGCAUAUGAAGGAUCAUAAAAAAGAUAAUGGGGCAUACACUCAGUGAACCAGUGACCACAAGGAAGUCAGUAUACUGUAGAAAUUCAAACUAUAGAGUUGGAAGUUCAUGUAUGCAAGGAUGGCGUAUAAAAAUGGAAGACUGUCAUGUUCAUAUACUUUCAUUACCAGAUGAUCCUGGUACUGCAUUCUUUGCAGUGUAUGAUGGGCAUGGAGGUGCAGCAAUGGCGCUGCAUGCAGGGAAACAUCUUCAUGAAUACAUAAUUAGGAGAAGCGAGUACAAAGCUGGUAAUAUUGUUCAAGCCAUGGAACAAGGUUUUCUAGAAUUGGACAAAGCAAUGCAACAUGAUGUGACUCUUAAAGAUGAGCAAGCUGGAACUACUGUUAUAGCUCUUCUUGUUAAGGAUAAUAUUUUAUAUAGUGCAAAUGCAGGUGAUAGUAGAGCAGUAGCCAGUAUUAAGGGUUAUACAGUUCAACUCAGUCGCGACCAUAAACCUACAUUAAAAGAUGAACGUGAAAGAAUCGAAGCUGCUGGUGGUUGGGUUGAAUUUAAUAGAGUUAAUGGUCUGCUUUCGUUAUCUCGUGCUCUUGGAGACUUUACGUUUAAACGAAAUGAACGUAAAUCACCACAAGAACAAAUCGUGACUGCUUUUCCGGAAGUUCAGAAGUUUCAAAUAACAGAAGAUUGGGAAUUUGUUGUGUUGGCUUGUGAUGGUAUUUGGGAUGUAAUGACAAGUACUGAAGUAGUCAAUUUUAUUAGAGCGCGAUUAAUGCAACCAAAGUUUGGAACUGGGCAAGAAAAUGAAACAAUGGAUCCCGAAGAGAUCUGUGAAGAACUUAUACAGCAUUGUCUUGCACCAGACCCUUUAAUGGGUACUGGAUGCGACAAUAUGACUGUUGUUCUUGUUUGUUUCCUUCACGGAAAACCAUAUUCUCAUUUAAUCUCGCGUUGUAGAGAGUCCAGUAGUCCAAAUCCAUAACUAUUUAAAUUACUCAUAUUUUAUAUCAUCUCCUAAAUCUAUAUUUAAUUUUACACCGUAACGAAAUAAUCAUGUUUCAUCGAGUAUCAUAUCGCGGCUGAAAAAUUCUUAAAAUUCUUUUCCUAGCUCUUACUUUUUAAAACUAUGAAUCCAAAAUUUUUAACAAAUAUUUAUUUUAUACCAAUAAAAGUAUUUUCUUUUAUCAA